AUGGCAUCUAUCACCAGUCCACAUUCAUCCGCGUCCGUCUCUCGCCCUACAUCCCAACAUGCUGUCUCUAGUCCCGUCGGUUCGAUACCCGUCGAAAUACUCGUACAGCAUCUACUUGAUGCCAAACGCUCGCUUAAUUCUAUGGGCCUGGUCGUACGCGCUGAUGGACUCGUUCAUUUGGCAAAAGAAGCCCACGAAGAAUCCGUAGUUCUCGCCGCGCAGUCGGGAUUCAUCCGCCAAGGUAUAAACGAACAGAUCCGACUGCUACAGCAUCUACGACGGAGCAUAAAUCGAACGUAUGAUAAUGGAAAACGCGAGUUCAAGCAGAUUAUCAAAACCUUAGAUGCCGCUCACGGUCGACUCGAGGAUACCAUGAAAAUAUUACGGGAUAGAGUCGUAGAUAGUACAUUUAGACCACCCGGUGAGGGCAAAAAGAAUCUGUUGGAUUUUAUAGAUGAGUCGCAGGUUGAAGGAAUAAGCGAUGCUCUAAAGGAAAAUAUCCAGUCCUUGCAGGCCAUCCAGAAAUCAUUCGACGGUGAUUUACUCCGCUUCGACACCGACAUGCGCUUACUUAGUAAGACCUUAUCCGGCGCUCCAUCUUCCCCUUCCCCGUCCGCCUCGUCUUCAGAGCGUUCGUUACCUAAACUCUUCUCCUCGAUGAUUGAUAACUCCCAUGCCAUGGCCGAGCUCCUCUCGUCCUUGACGAAGCACUUCGACCUGUGUGUAACUGCUGUUAGGACGACGCAAGGCGGAGCAGCCUUAGCUAGGAUCAAAGCUGCCGAAGCAAUAGACUCCCAAAGUGGUGUGAGCGUAUCGAUAUCUGGUGUAAUCGCAGAGCAAGAGUCGCAUAUGCCCGACGACGAGCCAAUUUCCCCUGAGGAUCGUGCCCAGAUGCUCGAAGUAGUCACGCAAGAUGCGUCAGAGGUCGAUGAUGUAGUUCGAGAACUUAAUAUACGUUUACAGUCCAUGGAAUCUGAUUUCAUAACCAUUGACGGCCAAAGAAAUCGAGUUAAGGCAGCUUACCGCUCAACUAUCGACGCGUUCAGAGUCUUGGAAGAUAUUGGAGCGCGACUCUCUAGUUAUAUUUCGGCCGAGGCUGAAUUUCGCGACAGAUGGAACGAGGAACAACUGGCGAUACAGGACAAGCUGCACGAGAUGGACGAGUUGCGAAUUUUCUACGAAAGUUAUUCCAAUUCAUAUGAUGGACUAGUCCUGGAGGUCGAAAGGCGUAGAGCGUUGCAAGAGAAAGUAGUAAGCAUAUGGAAGAAGGCGAAAGAAAGUGUCGACAAACUUUACGAAAACGAUCGCAGGGAGCGGGAACUAUUCCGACACGAAGUCGCAGAAUAUCUACCACAUGACCUCUGGCCGGGUAUGGAUGACGACAUAGUCAGAUGGGAAAUUAUGCCCAUCCGCGAUGGUAAAUCUAUUAGACAAGAUGAAAAUCUUGAGGGUAGCGUCGUUGAAGCUACAGAGACAAAAUAUGGACCAACAUCAGGCCUAUAA